UCACCGGCUCAGAGUGAGGAGGAUGUGGGAGCUGCUGGGCUCCCUGCUGCUGCUGCUGUGCGCCGCGUGCUGCGCCCUGUGGGUGCUGCGGCGGCGCACGCGCUCCGCACUCGACGCCUUCCCGGGACCGCCCGCGCACUGGCUCUACGGGCACACGCACCUGCUUCCAGAUGACGAGCAGUGGCUGCGGAAUCUUUUGAAGCUGUUCCGCGAGUAUCGCUACGUGUUUCCCAUGUGGCUUGGUCCGUUCACAGCAACAUUGCAAAUCAGUCACCCGGACUAUGCCAAAGCCAUCAUCAGCACUGCAGAACCGAAGACUGACCUCGGAUAUGCAUUCAUCAUUCCAUGGAUCGGAUUGGGUCUCCUCACCUCAUCUGGUCCAAGGUGGUUCCAGCAUCGCCGCAUGCUCAGCCCCGGCUUCCACAUGGAGAUUUUGAAGCCCUACGUGUCUCUCAUGGUGGAGAGCACCCAAGUGCUCAUCGACAAAUGGGAGAAGAGGAUCAAGACCCAGAACUUGUUCGACGUGUUUGAGGACAUCAGCCUUAUGAUGCUGGACAGCAUCAUGAAGUGUGCCUUUAGCAACUGCAGCAGCUGCCAGACGGACAGUGACAACUCCUACGUGUCAGCGGUGUUUGAUCUCACGGAAAUGGUGCACCGUCGGAGCCGGCUAUUCCCGUACCACUUUGAUGUCAUCUUCAACCUGAGUCCACUGGGAUUCCGCUUUCGCAAGGCGUGCAACGUCGCACACGAACACACGGCUAAAGUGAUCAAAGAACGCAAGGAGGUUUUGCGUGGGGAAGAGGAACUGGAGAAGAUCAAAGCAAAGCGGUACCUUGACUUCCUCGACAUCUUACUCAGCGUGCGGGAUGACAAGGGCAAUGGGCUGACCGAGGAGGACAUACAGGCCGAGGUGGAUACCUUCAUGUUUGAAGGCCAUGACACUACAGCCAGUGGCCUGGCCUGGGCCCUAAAUGCCAUGGCUCACAACCCUCACCACCAGGAUGCUUGCCGUGCCGAGGUCACAAGCCUGCUUGCAGGCCGAACCUUCCUCACCUGGGACGACCUUUCCCAGCUGUCCUACACCACCAUGUGCAUCAAGGAAUCGCUGCGCCUGCAGGCCGUGGUGCCCGCGAUCUCCAGGAAGACGAGCAAACCAAUCACCUUGUGCGAUGGGCGCGUCAUCCCCGCAGGGACCCGAGUUUUCAUCAACAUCUACUGCUUGCACAGAAACCCAGAGUUCUGGAAGGACCCAGAGGUUUAUGACCCUCUGAGAUUUUCUCCUGAAAACGCAGCCAAUCGCCACCCCUACGCGUUCAUCCCCUUCUCGGCCGGGCCCCGCAACUGCAUUGGGCAGCACUUUGCCAUGAACGAGCUGCGCGUGACGCUCGCCCUGAUCCUCUCGCGGUUCCGCGUGCUGCCGGGCCCCGUGGAGGCGCUGCCCGUGCCGCGCCUCGUCAACCGCUCCACCACGGGCUUCCAGCUGCAGCUCGAGAGAAUCUCGCCACUCGCCGAGUAGCAGCGGCGCGCUCCGUCCCCAUCUCACAUCACACCGAGUGCUCUCCCUGCUUCUCACUCUCACAUUCACGCUCUGUGGAACUCUCUUCCCAUCUCACACACUCACUGUGGAACUCUCUCCAUCUUACACACUCACUGUGGAACUCUCUCCCCAUCUCACACACUCACUGUGGAACUCUCACCCCAUCUCACACACUCAAUGUGGAACUCUCCCCAUCUCAUACACUCAAUGUGGAACUCUCUCCCCAUCUUACACACUCACUAUGGAACUCUCUCCCCAUCUUACACACUCACUAUU